UCAAUAAUCUUAAGAUAUUUUUAGAAAAAAAAGAUGAAUUUGUGAAAUUCGUGUAAAUAAAUGAAAAGUAAAUAAGAGUGAUACAUUAAUGACGUGAGAAGAAACAAAGGAAGAAAAAAAAAAAAAAAAAACAAGAGCUUAAGUAGUAAUAAUAAUGGUUAAUAUUGAUUGUAAAUCAAGACGAGGCACCAAAAUUUCGGUGCUUAUAUUGGGCGGUGCUUUGUGUACGGUAUUGAUGGCAUAUUUUGUUUUCGGCGACACUAACGAUGAAAGAGGUCUAAGGAAUCUACGCAUGAUAUCAAUUCUUUUCAGACAUGGUGAGAAAAAUCCGAGUCAAUUUUAUCCAAAUGAUCCGCAUAUAUCUCAUGAUUGGUCCGGAGGCGUGGGGGCUUUAACUCAGAGAGGAAGUCUACAGGCUUAUAAUCUGGGUAAGAAUCUACGAAUGCGUUAUUAUCGUCUCUUGCCGCCGAACGGUCUAUACACCCAACAGGAAGUAAGAGUGUUGAGUUCAGCUGCCGAACGAUGUGUGAUGAGCGCAAAUUCUUUGCUCGCUGGUUUUAUGCCGCCCUUAGAACACAAUAAUCCUUUGCCCAUAGAAUGGCAACCAGUAGCGGUUAACACUUUGAAACGAUCUGAAGAUACGCUAUUGGCUCAGAAGAAACCUUGCUCGAAAUAUGAUAAUAUUCUAGAAAAGCUCUAUAAGUAUCCACCGGCAGAUUUGAAAAAAAUUAAUGAAGAUAACGCCGCUUUAUAUGGCUUACUAAGCAAACAUACCGGUCGGAAUGUCAGCUCGGUGCUAGAUGUCGAAUUAUUAUAUAAUACAUUAAAAGGUGAGAGCGAAGCUGGACUUGCUUUGCCAGAUUGGGCUGAGAAUAUACACCCGGAACGGUUAGAACCAUUGGCCGAACGUAGUUAUGUACUAUUUACUGAGAGUAAUCUAAUGAAAAAAGUAAAAGGCGGUGCAUUUCUAACGGAAAUUCAUACGAAUAUGAUUGAUAAGCGUCGGAGAAACUUAAAUCCAGAUCGAAAAAUCUUUCUUUAUUCAGGUCACGAUAUUACCCUAGUUAACGUAAUGAAUUCAUUGGGUAUCCUCGAUCAAACAGCCAAAUUGCCAGAAUAUUCCUCCGCCUUAGUAUUCGAAUUGCACCACAAUUCCCUAUUCACAGACGAUUUCGAAGUUAAGAUCGUUUAUUAUUAUAACAGCGACGAUAAAUUCCCCAAGGAAUUGGAUAUACCUCAUUGCGAUGCCCCUUGUUGUUUAACAGAUUUUAGUGCAACAAUUGCUCAUCUUUUAAUCGAUAAUUAUGACGAGACGUGUGAAAAUCCUGUAAAUAAUUGUAAAUAAAUUGAGCAGAAAGAGAAGGAAAGAAAACCCAGAA